ACCCCACAAGAAAAGCAAUAAGAUGCAAGAAAUUUCUAGAAGGAAGAGAAUGACCACAUAGACAUUUUCCUCAACUUCCACAAUAUGUGGGUAACAUUACUUCCAAGAAAUCCAAGCAGUUACUAAAAAGUAGUAGCACUACUAAAGCUCUAGAACCUUCUUAUGAAUAAAUUUUCCUUUCAGCCUCAUGUGAUUUUUGUGAUUAUUAUUAAAUUCAUUCUUUGCACCCACCAUAACCUAAGCAAAUAAACAACUUUUUGCCUUGGUACACUAAAACCAAGUGAGUAGUAAUAUAUUAGUAUUAUAUUCACCAGAAUUAUGGAAGUUAUUUCCAACAACAAUGGAGGUUGCUCCUACUAUGAUGUUCUUGGAAUAUGUAAACAAGCCUCAGAUUCUGAAAUUCGUUGUGCUUAUAGAAAGCUUGCUCUGAAAUGGCAUCCAGAUAGAUGGAUGAAGAAGGAUCCAUGCAUUAGGGGAGAAGCUAAACAUAGAUUUCAACAAGUUCAAGAAGCUUAUUCUGUUCUUUCUGACAAGAGGAAGAGAUCAUUAUAUGACACAGAGUUGCUUCACCUCAUGGGAGAUGAUAUUAAUGAUGAUCAAGAAUUCUGCGACUUUAUGCAAGAAAUGAUAACAAUGAUGGAAGCUGAGAAAUCUAAGGGAGCGAACACAAUGGAGGAACUUCAAAAGCUAUGGUUAGAUAUGACGGAUGAAUUUGAUAAAAUUUCAAAUUUUAGUUUCUGUUUUAAUGAAUCCCUUCAUUGCCACAUGCCCAAAAAAAGACGUGUACAUCAACCUUGAUGGUUAUGUAUAUUUAUUUUGUUACGUUAUUAUUCAAUUUUCUAUUCGAUUGUAGUAAUAUUUUAUCUGAAGUUUGUACGGGCACUCCGAAAAUACCAACUCCAGGAAAAGUUGUUACUGACAUUCUUGAAAA